GACGGAAUCGGAGAGAGCGCGCGGGCUCGGGCGCACGAGUUUGUCUGUCUGUCUGUCCCUGGGAAGAGAGCGCGUCUCUGCUGCACAGUGAUUUGCACAGGGGGAGAGACGUCAGUUGGCUUCAGACCCAAGGGGGCCACCAGAUCUGGUCACCCCGGUUAAGACUAAGUGAGCGUUGCCCCUCCCUACCCCACUUCUACCCGGGAAUGUCUCGGCGAAAGCAGCGGAAACCCCAACAGUUAAUCUCGGACUGCGAAGGUCCCAGCGCGUCUGAGAACGGUGAUGCUAGUGAGGAGGACCACCCCCAAGUCUGUGCCAAGUGCUGCGCACAAUUCUCUGACCCAGCUGAAUUCCUUGCCCACCAGAAUGCAUGUUCAACUGAACCCCCUGUAAUGGUGAUCAUUGGGGGCCAGGAGAAUCCCAACAACUCUUCCGCCUCUUCUGAACCCCGGCCUGAGGGCCACAAUAGCCCCCAGGUCAUGGAUGCAGAGCACAGCAAUGUCCAGGAUUCUGGGUCCUCCUCUGUGCCUACAGAUCCCACCUGGGCCCCUGAGCGGAGAGGAGAGGAGUCUGCGGGGCAUUUUCUGGUCGCUGCCACAGGUACAGCAACUGGGGGAGGCGGAGGCCUGAUCUUGGCCAGCCCCAAACUGGGAGCAACCCCAUUACCUCCAGAAUCCACCCCUGCACCUCCGCCUCCUCCGCCACCUCCUCCACCCCCAGGGGUGGGCAGCGGCCACUUGAACAUCCCUCUGAUCUUGGAAGAGCUCCGGGUGCUGCAGCAGCGGCAGAUCCAUCAGAUGCAGAUGACGGAGCAAAUCUGCCGGCAGGUACUGCUGCUUGGCUCCUUAGGCCAGACGGUGGGCGCCCCUGCCAGUCCCUCAGAGUUGCCUGGGACAGGGACAGCCUCUUCCACCAAGCCCCUGCUACCCCUCUUCAGUCCCAUCAAGCCAGUCCAAACCAGCAAGACCCUGGCACCUUCCUCCUCCUCUUCCUCCUCCUCCUCCUCCUCGGGGGCAGAAACACCCAAGCAGGCUUUCUUCCACCUUUACCAUCCACUGGGAUCGCAGCAUCCUUUCUCUGCUGGAGCGGUUGGGCGAAGCCACAAACCCACCCCUGCCCCCUCCCCGGCCCUGCCAGGCAGCACAGAUCAGCUAAUUGCCUCGCCUCAUCUGGCCUUCCCAGGCACCACGGGAUUACUGGCAGCACAGUGUCUUGGGGCGGCCCGAGGCCUUGAGGCUGCUGCCUCCCCAGGGCUCCUGAAGCCAAAGAAUGGAAGUGGUGAGCUGGGCUAUGGGGAAGUGAUGGGUCCCUUGGAGAAGCCUGGUGGACGGCACAAGUGCCGCUUUUGCGCCAAAGUAUUUGGCAGUGACAGUGCUCUUCAGAUCCACCUGCGUUCCCACACAGGUGAGAGACCCUAUAAGUGUAAUGUCUGUGGCAACCGCUUUACCACCCGUGGCAACCUCAAAGUACACUUCCAUCGGCAUCGUGAGAAGUACCCGCAUGUGCAGAUGAACCCUCACCCGGUGCCAGAGCACCUAGACUACGUCAUCACCAGCAGCGGCCUGCCCUAUGGUAUGUCCGUGCCACCUGAGAAGGCCGAGGAGGAGGCGGCCAUGCCAGGUGGCGGUGUAGAACGCAAGCCUCUGGUGGCCUCCACCACAGCACUCAGUGCCACAGAGAGCCUGACGCUGCUCUCCACCAGUGCAGGCACAGCCUCGGCUCCUGCACUCCCUCCUUUCAAUAAGUUUGUGCUCAUGAAAGCGGUGGAGCCAAAGAGUAAAGCUGAUGAAAAUACCCCUCCAGGGAGUGAGGGUUCUGCCAUCACAGGGGUGGCAGAAAGUGGAAGUGCUACCCGCAUGCAGCUAAGCAAGCUGGUGACUUCACUACCCAGCUGGGCACUGCUCACCAACCACUUUAAGUCCACAGGUAGCUUCCCCUUCCCCUAUGUGUUAGAGCCAUUGGGGGCAUCACCCUCUGAGACAUCGAAACUGCAGCAACUGGUAGAAAAGAUUGACCGACAGGGAGCUGUGACAGUGGCCUCUACUGCCUCGGGAGCUCCCACCACCUCGGCCCCUGCAGCCUCAUCCUCAGCCUCAUCUGGACCCAAUCAGUGUGUCAUCUGCCUCCGGGUGCUGAGCUGUCCUCGGGCACUACGCCUGCAUUAUGGUCAACAUGGAGGUGAACGGCCCUUUAAGUGCAAGGUGUGUGGCAGAGCCUUCUCCACUCGGGGCAAUCUGCGCGCACAUUUUGUGGGUCACAAGACCAGUCCAGCUGCCCGGGCCCAGAACUCCUGCCCUAUCUGCCAGAAGAAGUUCACCAAUGCUGUUACUCUGCAGCAGCACGUUCGGAUGCACCUGGGGGGCCAGAUCCCCAACGGUGGUACCACACUACCUGAAAGCGGAGGAGCUGCCCAGGAAAAUGGCGCUGAGCAAUCUGCUGUUUCUGGAGGAGGGAGCUUCCCGCCGCAGCCAUCCCAGCAGCCCUCCCCAGAAGAAGAGUUGUCUGAAGAGGAGGAGGAGGAGGAGGAAGAAGAGGAAGAUGUGACUGAUGAAGAUUCCCUGGCAGGGAGAGGCUCAGAGAGUGGAGGUGAGAAGGCAAUAUCCGUGCGAGGUGAUUCAGAAGAGGCAUCUGGGGCAGAGGAGGAAGUGGGCACUGUGGCAGCAGCAGCCACAGCUGGGAAGGAGAUUGACAGUAAUGAGAAGGCAAUUCAACAGCCUUCUCUGCCACCACCACCGCCACCACCACCUGACAGCCUGGAUCAAGCACAGUCAAUGGAGCAGGGAGGCAGUGAUGUCGUGGGAGGCGUGGAAGAGGGGGGCAAACUGGAGAGAAGCGCAAGCCCAAUGUCAGCACUUGCCAUAGAAGGGGAAAGCAGCAGCACCGCCUUGGUGGAGGAGCUGAGCGUUCAGGAAGCAAUAAGAAAGGAGCCAGGAGAGAGCAGUAGCAGAAAGGCCUGUGAUGUAUGUGGCCAGACCUUUCCCACCCAGGUGGCUCUGGAGGAGCAUCAGAAGACCCACCCCAAGGAGGGGCCGCUCUUCACUUGCGUUUUCUGCAGGCAGGGCUUUCUUGAGCGGGCUGUCCUCAAGAAGCACAUGCUGCUGGCUCACCACCAGGUACAGCCCUUUGCCCCGCACGGCCCCCAGAAUAUUGCUGCUCUUUCCUUGGUCCCAGGCUGUUCACCCUCCAUCACUUCCCCAGGGCUUUCGCCUUUCCCCCGAAAAGAUGACCCCACAAUCCCAUGAGCCUGAUUUUCUGUACCUGCUGCUCUUUGACCCAGGGAGCAGAAACCAACAGUUCUCCAUAAGGACCUCCAAGAUUUUGAACCUUCAUUUCUCCUUUUCUCUGAGUUAAUAACAUGUGUCCCUAGUGACUUUUCUCUAGUCCCUAAGCUUGGAAAUCAGUGUGUUCAUAGGGGGAUGGCCCCCUGAGGAAUUUUACUUCCUUCUUCAUUCACUGAACCUGAGAAAUAUAGAUUCCCUACAGCUUCCACAUUCCUGAGGGGACACCUCUAGAUUCCCUGGGAUGACCCUUCUCCCCUCUUCUUUCUUCCUCUUGCUUUCCCUUUGGCAGGUGCACCUGAGCACCCACAUUGGAAUUGCAGCCCAGGCCAGAGGGGCCAGUAGCUGGCCCUGAAGGGCCCACGGCCACUCCUUUCUGGUGACCAUGUCUUGUCCCAGACAUUCCUGUCCAGUCGUUGGGGUGGAUCCCCUGUCUUUUGGGGACCAAUAUUUUGUGUAAUUGUUCUGCCUACCAAGCCUUGGAGCUCCAGCUCUACUUCUACUACCACUUCAGGCCUAGCAUCGUCAGUGCUGUUUGGUCUAGAAACUGUGGUUGGGAAGGUGCCUCCAGCAUCCAAGGAGAAGAGAUACCCCCCCCCUUCCUAUUUUGGCCUCAUGCAUCCAGGGCAGUACCUGAGAGCCCCGUCAUAGAAGAGAAGUAGCAAAUUGUAUGUUCCUUCUCCACCCCCGCCCCCCAAAGGUGCCAGUAAUGAAGAUACAGCAAUAUCUGUUUUUAUCUAUUGGCUCAGCCUCAUGGGGUAGGGAGAAACGAAGGGCAUAAGACACUCUUCCCAGUAAAUUCUUUGAUAGUCACAUUAAGGCCAAGAUGUUGACUGGUCCAUAGGCUAAGACAUCUCCAGCUUCUCAUGUUCCUUUAUCAUGGCCUCUCACAAUUAAGAAACAAGAUUUCUUGCCAAGAGGUCUUCUAUGGGUCAUUUUGAAAAUGUGAAGUUAUAUCAUUAACAGGCAUUUUUGGUGAGGGUAGUUGAAGGAGUAAAGACGGAGAGUUGGGGAAUGUUGCUAAAGCAUAGGGCAUGCUGGGAACCUAUGUGAUUAGGAAGGGGAUAUGAUGUAAGGGAGGGGACCUUGAAUUUUUGAUUGAAUGGACCAUGGAUGUUCUUUUGGACUAAUAGUGACUUAGUGUGCAGCAGUGCACCGUGGCUCACGGGGGAUUUCCUAGCACUAGUGUGCUUCUAGUUUUAGAUAAUUCCCUCCUUUAUUCCCUGGCUCCUUGUAUUUUCCUCAGCUUCCAGUCUCAAGGCCCGUUUCCUUCCCAUUUUGCCUGUCCAUAGACCGGGGCUUCUGUCUUUGCCACUGUCUGGUUCUUAGAGUCCCAGACUUUGGGAGAUGAGCUCCAGGUGAUGUUCUCCCUGCCUCUCCGUCUUGUAAUGAGAUGUAGUACUUACUCUUAACAUAGGAUCAUUUGAAACAGGAGUUCUGCGGAGGAGAGAGUGACAGUUCUGCUACUGACUGACUUGAAUGAUGGUUUCUCCUCCAAAGGUUAGGCUCCAGAGCUUCUUAACAUAGUAAAAUGUGAAGAGCAAACAAGGGAGAUAUUAGUGUCUUUCCCUCUUCAUUAAAGGUGUUUUAACCAA